AAGUGAUCUGUCUUUGUUUUAGUUCCAGUAAUCCAUAUCCACUCCAGGCGAAAAUCCUCAACUGAAGCACUCAACAGCUCCAUCCUCCUGCUGACAUCAAGAUGAGGUGGGAAAGGUCAAGAGACAACUGUAAGACAGUUUUACUCCUCCUCGCCGUACUCCGGGGUGCCGAAUGUUUCAAGGCUCUUUUCUUGUUUCCUUUCCCUGGAAAAAGUCAUUUCGGAGCGCUGAGUGUUCUCGCUGAAGAGCUCGCUCGCAAAGGUCAUGACGUCACGGUUCUGACGCAUUUCCCGAAUAAGGAGGCCAGUUACAAGGAAAUUGUCUUGGACACCAAACCGUUCGAUGAUUUUAUGAAGCAAGACGUGAAUGUGACAGAGAUGGGGACACUGAACCCUCUUAUGAUGCGCGCUAUCCUCUUCCCUAUUUUCAACACCGUCGCUGAGUUGUUGUACGCUUCGGAACCGUUCCGCAAGCUGAUUGCAUCGAAGGAGCGUUAUGACGUCGUCUUGGGGGAAGUUACGUUCUUUAUGCCGUGCAUUCUUGCUUUCGGUCACAAGUUCUCUGCUCCUGUCAUAGACCUAUCCGCUGCUUCCGUUAUGAUUAGCAUCGCCAGUAACAUGG